AUGGCAAAUCCAAAGAUGGGGACUAGUCCAGGCACUCCAACUGCACGCAAGGCUCCAUCCACUCCGCAAUCACCAGCAUCGGCAAGCUCGAAGGUAUCCGCAAAACGCAAACAGCAGCCCAAGCCUCCUGGCUCUCAACCUACCCCGGGUGGUCGGCAGCGUAAGCAAUCCAUGACUUCUAGAGGCCCUGUGCAGACAGACAACAAGCGCAAGAUGAAAAACGAGGAAGAGUCUAUGGAGAUGGCCUCACCUAAGCCCAGCGCCGAUGCCUAUACCGCCACUGAGACUAUUCCGACAACCCCGAAGAAGCAGAGAAUCGAUAUGGGGGUACAGGACCGCCCGGUUUACCAACCGAGCCCAGGUCAUCUACCUACAGCCGUCUCGCCAUUUGCACUGUCUUCUCCAGCCCGGCAGCAGCAGCAGCUUGCCAGUAUGAGCGCUACACAGUUGACGGGCAACCUACUCCACUCUGCUCUGAAGAGGCAUCCCUACAUAGUCCCCCAGAAAUCUGCGGCUAUUCCGAUCACGUCGAGUCAUAUCACCGAGAUUGCGCACAGAAUGUGGCAGCUCGCAUUCGAGAACCCGGGGGUGCUGGACCAAGUCUGUUCAUACGCCGCCGCAAUGUCCCACAUCCAACUUGCUACUCUCGCCAAGCUAGGCUAUCUUCCAAGUUGGUGGUAUCUGCGCGAGUCGGUAGUUGUGCACAUGACGAGGCAACAGUGGAUUGUCGAUGAUACCACCAUGCGCAGUGAGUGGUUGACCGUGCUCGGCUGGUGCCGCAGCAAUCUACCCAGGGCCGCUCCAAAACCCAGUGUAGAUGGUGUCCAAGGAACACGUGGGGAGAAUGGCGAGGUGAUCGUAGUUGAAGAUGAGUAG